AUGACUGGAUAUAGAAAGGAAAAACAGGAAAAGGUUCACUUGAAGAAAACCCGUCCACCAAAAAAAUCAAAAACAUCAAAUCCUUGCUACUGUUUCUCAUAUGUAAUUUCAUUUGUUCGAUUUAUUUAUGACUUUCUUGUGUCAUUAAUAUUUUACUAUGUUUACAAAAAUACACCAUCAAAAACAUUGCCCCCAGUAGAGGAUCUAUUGGUUCUCGACAGUUGUACAACUAUUGUCAAUAAAAUUAAAAAUAAAGAAGUUACAUGUCGCCAUGUUGUUGAAUGUUUUAUCAAACGAAUUGAACAAGUGAACCCAAUAUUAAAUGCUGUGGUUGACACACGGUUUGACAAAGCAUUAGUUGAAGCAGAUGAAUAUGAUAAACUUAUUGAAUUAGCUAACACAGAAGAAAAAAUUAAUUUAAUUUUUGAUGGCAAACCUUUAUUUGGAAUUCCAUUUACAUCUAAAGAAAGUACAGGAGCAGAAGGAAUGGCUUGGACUUUAGGCCUAGUAUCUAGAACUGGCAUGAAAAGCAAAGAAGAUGCAGAAGUUGUUAAAUCAUUAAAGACUGCUGGGGCAAUACUCUUAGGCGUUACAAAUGUCCCAGAAAUAAACCUAUGGUGUGAAACUAGAAAUAAAGUUUAUGGGCAAACAAAUAACCCUUACAACACAAAUCACUCAGCCGGUGGUUCUUCUGGUGGGGAAGCUAGUAUAGUAUCAGCUUGUGGUAGUCCCUUGGGUCUUGGAACAGAUAUUGGAGGAUCUGCUCGUAUACCCGCAUUUAAUUGUGGUUUAUUUGGGCAUAAGUUGACUACAGGUUUUAUAAAUACUAAAGGUAUGACAUUUAGAAAAGGCACGGAAAAACAAACCAUGGUCAGUGCAGGACCUAUAACUAAAUAUGCUGAAGAUCUAACCCCAGUAAUUAAAGCUUUCCUCGGACCAGAAAAAUCUUUGGAAUUGAAAAUUGGCCAAGAAGUUGAUUUGUCUAGUUUGAAGUAUUACUAUGUUGAUAAGCCCAAUGAUGCACGAGUUAGUCCCAUUAGCGAUGAAUUACAAAUAGUUUUAGAUCACGUUAUAGAGGAUAUAACUUCUAUCACUGAACUACCUCCGCUCAAAGUCAAAUUUUCAGGUACUCGUUAUAGCUAUAGCUUGUGGAGACAUUCUAUGACAAAGGAAGAAUCAGAUUUUUGUGCAACAUUGGGAAACAAUCAAACUAGAGUUUGUGUAUGGUCAGAAAUCCUAAAAACAAUUGUAGGACGUUCAAAUCAUUCUUUGGCUGCAGUAUUAAAAUUAAUUGAUCUACAAUUACCAAAAGUAAAUGCAGUUUGGGCUGAUGCUGAGAUUGAUAAACUUUCAAAUGAAAUAUCGACAUUGUUGGGUGAUGAUAGCGUGUUAUUUUUCCCUUCGUCUCCAACCACAGCAAAACGUCAUUGUGAGCCAUUCUUGCAUCCAUACAAUUUCGCUUAUUGGGCUAUUUUCAACGUACUGAAGCUACCAGUCACCCAAGUGCCACUCGGCUUAGGUCUAAAUGGUUUACCAUUAGGAAUACAGGUGGUUGCUGGAAUGAAUCAAGAUCGGUUGUGUGUAGCCGUUGCAAAACAUUUGGAAUUAACAUUUGGUGGAUGGAAACCUCCUUUUACUACAAGUAAAAUGAUAAAUUAA